AUUCAAUGUUUGGAAUAUCCUCAAAACAAUCAUAAGGGCAGUGUAAUUUCUACUCGCAAGACAAGCUCCUUAAUCAAUCCUUGGAAGUUUGUAACCUACAAAACAAGUGAAGAGGCGCUUCUGUUAUCACCUGUGGGUGGUUGAAACUUGAAAACCUAAGACAUGGAAACAGCCUCAGAUUACGGAGCAUUCAUUGAGAAAUUCAUUUUACCACCAACUUCUUCUUCCCCUGAUCAUCCUUUGAAUUCACUCACCUUUGCAGUCAAAGACAUAUUUGAUGUGAAAGGGUAUGUAGCUGGAUUUGGGAAUCCUGAUUGGGCAAGGACUCAUCAGGUUGCUGUUUCAACUGCUCCAACAGUUUUGGCUCUCUUGAAUGCAGGUGCCACUUGUGUUGGUAAAACUGUCAUGGAUGAAAUGGCUUACAGUAUAAAUGGAGAAAAUAUACACUACGGCACACCUAGAAAUCCUUGUGCAGAAGACCGAGUUCCUGGAGGAUCUUCAAGUGGCUCUGCUGUUGCAGUUGGUGCAAAGCUUGUGGAUUUCUCUUUAGGAACUGAUACAGGAGGAAGUGUAAGAGUGCCUGCAUCAUAUUGUGGGAUUUUCGGUUUCCGUCCUUCUCAUGGUGCUAUCUUGAAAUCAGGAGUUGUCCCAAUGGCACAAAGCUUUGAUACUGUGGGAUGGUUUGCUAGGGAUCCAAAGAUUUUAAGCAGAGUUGGACACGUACUUUUGCAAUCGCCACACGUCACAUCUGUUAGACCUACUCAGAUUAUCAUUGCAGAAGAUUGUUUUCAGCUUUCAACUGUUCCUUUUGAUGUAGUUACACGGACUGUCAUCAAAGCAAUACAGAAGUUGUACGGAGAUGAUGUAUUAAGGCAUGAAAUCCUUGGUGAAUAUGUGAAGGCCAAAGUACCGAGUUUAGAGCAUUUCAUGAGUGAAGACAAUGCAGACCAAUUAUACAAAAUUCCAUCACUGACUGCACUUUCAAGUGCCAUGCGAUUGCUUCAGAGGUAUGAAUUUAAGAAUAACCAUGGUGAAUGGAUCAAUGCAGUCAAACCUGAUUUAGGUCCUGGAAUUUCAGAACGUGUAUCAGAAGCCCUAAGCACAACAGGGGAGGGCAUUGAGACCUAUCAUUCUAUAAAAAGGGAGUUGCAUGAUGCUCUUACUGAUCUUCUUGGGGAUUUCGGUGUUCUCAUGAUCCCCACAGUUCCAGGACCUCCACCUAAACUACAAACAAAACCAUCUGAAUUAGACGUUUUUCGUGCAAGGGCUUUUAGCCUGCUGUCCAUUGUUGGAGUGUCAGGAUUUUGCCAGGUAAACAUACCACUAGGGAUGUAUAAUGACCUCCCUGUAUCAGUUUCUUUGGUAGCCAGGAAUGGUGCAGAUGGAUUCUUACUUCACCUUGUUGAGAAUAUAUAUGAUAACAUAGAAAAAUAGGAACCAGCAUAGCUGACCGCAUAAUUUACUAUUUUGUAAUAACUGCAAGGAUGUAAGUGUAUUCAAAUUUUUAUACUCAAAUUGAAACAAAGAAGUUUAUGAAAGUCUACAAAACUUUUGAGGAAUAGACAUAUUUUCGUCCCUCAUUUUCUGAGUAUUAACAAGAGUCAAGAGGUAUUUUGGUCUUAA